AGACACCCACACCAGGACUAGCUCCAUCUCUAUUCAUCCUUGUUGCUAUGCCCCGUCACUGACUCCUAAACUUGAAAUGCAAACUAACGAAUCUACUUCCAACUGCUUCUGAUCGCUAACUUUCACCCAAACCAUCACUCUAUUAUAGACACAGAUCCACCUGUUCCAUGCUUCCCAGGCAAAACCCAUUACGACCCAGUUCCUGAAACAAGCCAUGGUGGUAGAGAUGGUGCCGCUCGGCCGGUUUCAGUUGCACCAGCAGAGGUUCGAAUUCAGGCGAUCGGUCCCGGCGUUUCUGUCCUCGCACAAGACUUUUUUCACUGUUCUUUGGAUCGCUGCAUUUUCAUCCGUGUUUAUCUGGCAGCGGAAUGUUGUGGGGGUUGGGUUCUCGUUCUUCGGGCGGGCGGGUUUGGAUCGAGACAUCCCUAGCCUGCGGCCUGUUGCGUUCAAUUUGACUGAUUUUGGGGCAGUUGGGGAUGGGGUGACGCUUAACACGGAAGCGUUUGAGAGGGCGGUGUCGGCAAUUUCGAAGCUUGGGAAGAGAGGCGGCGGACAGCUAAACGUGCCGCCCGGGAAGUGGCUUACCGCACCGUUUAAUCUCACCAGUCAUAUGACCCUCUUUCUAGCUGAAGAUGCUGAGAUUCUUGCAAUUCAGGAUGAGGAGCUCUGGCCACUAAUGCCUCCAUUGCCUUCAUAUGGGUAUGGAAGAGAGCAUAUUGGACCUCGAUAUGGGAGUUUAAUCCAUGGUCAAAACCUUAAAGAUGUUGUUAUAACUGGGCAUAAUGGCACCAUAAAUGGACAGGGUCAGCCAUGGUGGAAGAAGUAUCGCCAAAAGCGUCUCAACUACACUAGGGGCCCACUUAUGCAGAUAAUGUGGUCAAGCGACAUUGUGAUUACUAACGUAACCUUCCGUGAUUCUCCAUUUUGGACAAUCCAUCCAUAUGACUGCAAAAACAUAACAAUCAGGAAUGUGACCAUCUUGGCUCCGGUUGUUGAAGCCCCAAACACAGAUGGAAUUGAUCCUGAUUCAUGCAAGGAUGUGGUAAUUGAGGAUUGCUACAUAAGUGUUGGGGAUGAUGGGAUUGCAAUAAAGAGUGGCUGGGAUCAGUAUGGAGUAGCUUAUGGGCGACCUUCAACCAACAUUCUCAUCCGCAACCUUGUUGUGCGCUCUAUGGUCAGUGCCGGUGUAUCAAUAGGCAGUGAGAUGUCUGGUGGUGUAUCAAAUGUCACAGUAGAGAACCUCCUUGUAUGGAGCUCUCGCCGAGCGGUCAGGAUCAAGACAGCUCCUGGAAGGGGUGGAUAUGUUAGACAUAUAACUUAUCGCAAUCUAACAUUUGACAAUGUCCGUGUUGGGAUCGUAAUUAAGACAGAUUACAACGAGCAUCCUGAUAACAAUUAUGACCCAACGGCUCUUCCAGCUAUCAAAGACUUAAGCUUCACUGGAGUACAUGGUCAAGGAGUUCGUGUUCCUGUCCGUAUCCAUGGAUGCGAAGAAAUUCCCGUGAGAAAUGUGACUUUUAGGGACAUGUCAGUGGGGAUAACAUACAAGAAGAAGCACAUAUUCCAGUGUGCCUUUGUACAAGGUCGCGUAAUAGGUAGUGUCUUCCCAGCUCCUUGUGAGAACCUUGAUCGGUAUGAUGAGCAAGAAAGGCUUGUUAAGCGUUCUGCAUCCCAGAACGUAACAGACAUAGAUUAUGAUUUUUGAUGAGACUGGUCGUUCUUGGGUCAUGGGCUUUAAUGUAUGUCUUGUAUGAGAUAAUUUGGGUGAAAAAGGCAGCAUCCAUCGGGCUCAUUAUUGCCUUUCAUGCCCCAUUUGGCUCCGUUUUUAGCACUUGUUUGAUUCACGGAGUUGUAUAUACAGAAAGUUCACAGAAGUUCAAACUUCAUACUUUCAUAGGAUUAUUGAACUCUUUCUUAAGGCCAAAAAGCUACAAUCAUUAGUCUUUGGAUAUGGUGUUUGUUGCAUGAAAAUGUUCAAAUUAUGUGUUGUCAUCUCUUCUCGGUUGAAUUGUGAGAUAAAAUCAUACGAUUGCU